UUUGACAGGAAUAAGCCCAGCCGAGGAGGGUUCAGUACAGAUGUGACGGAAUAUGUCGGAAUUUCAGAAACAGAACCGAAAGAAAAGCACAAGAGAGGAGAAAAUGGACAGACAGACUCUGAAAUUGAUCUCAGUUACUCUGCGUUUUGCGUGAUUUGGUUUGAUUUCCUCAACCCCCGCUCGGGUUGUAACCGGGGAAUAUGGAAAGCGCGCAAAGUCCGAGACCGGAGCAGUCAUCUAAAGCAAGCCAUGAGCCCAUCCGUUUCGGUAUAGACCGGAUCCUCGGUUCCUCUGAGCGGCAGCAUGGCUCUGAGAGCAGCACGGACAGCCACACCGGGACCACCACUACAUUCACUGCCCUGCUCGCCCCGCUCUCUGCUUUUCCUGGCUCUUUGGAGGACCCGAGCGAGUUCGUGCCGAACAGGACUCUGGGACACCGCGGGGUGAUCCGGGUCCCGGCGCACAGACCGCUUGGAGCCGCCAUAGCGCCGCCUGUGGUGAGCGCAGCUCCGGGCUUCGGGCCGCUUUGCUUCCCCUGGGUGGAUAAUCACCGCAGAUUCACCAAAGACAGACUGCCAGCUCUUCUAGCACUGCCCAUUACUCGGCGCAUUGGUCACCCGUACCAGAACCGCACUCCGCCCAAGCGGAAGAAGCCGCGCACGUCAUUUUCCCGCGUGCAGAUCUGCGAGCUGGAGAAGCGCUUUCACCGGCAGAAGUACCUGGCCAGUGCUGAGCGCGCGGCUCUCGCCAAGAAUCUUAAAAUGACCGACGCUCAGGUCAAAACGUGGUUCCAGAACCGAAGAACUAAAUGGAGGAGACAGACGGCUGAGGAGAGGGAGGCCGAGCGCCAGCAGGCUAAUCGGAUGCUACUGCAGCUGCAGGCUGAUGCCCUCCAGAAGUCUAUCAGUGAGUCAGUGCCUGUAGAUCCUCUGUGUGUGCACAACUCUUCACUGUAUGCCCUGCAGAACCUGCAGCCAUGGGCUCAAGACAAAGCAGGCAAAAUUGCCACCACUACUUCACUGGCCUAAAUUAAUACCGGUGAAAUGCUAAGCCCAUGAGAAGUGACUGUGAUGGUACAACAACUAAACAACUGGGAAUGUGUUGCAAGAUAAGUAAGAUAGGCUUUAUGAGCUUGGUAUCAUAUUGAGUAGAUGACUUUUUUUGAUGAACAUCAAAUAUGCGCAAAGCUGUAGAUAUUUUUGAGGACGUAUUCAGAUUUAUACCACUUCUACAUCCUGGGAGGAGACCACUAUUGAUCAGUAUCAUACCAAAUAUGCAUCAGGAGAAUUUCCUAUACUCCAAAUGCUUUAUAUUAAAUGUAAAGGCUCAUUCACAGUCUUUGAGUUGAUGCUGUUGCACAACAAUCUUCAAAACUCAAUACUCAGACAUGUGCAAUCUGAAAGGUGGCUUAUUUGUGUGUGUAUACUCCACAGUAACCUCCCAGGAGUCAAACAUGAAAUAACACUGCAGUGGGAAUUGUGAAUGUAAAAUAACACAAUCAUGGUUUAUGAUUAUAAGACAUUUUUACUUCUUUUACAACAUGUUUUCUUUUCAUGAUGGACAGAAAGGAAAAUCUGUGGCUGCAAAUCCAAACGUUAUUCAAAACAAACAAAAGGUAAUAUCUGAACAUCCAGGCAAAAACACAUUAUUGUUGUCAUCAUCAUUUUUUUCUCCAUUUUCUAAGUCCUGUCCCAGCUGAUGUUCCAGUGUUGUUGGCACAGAUAUAGACUGUGGAAUAUCUGAUUAUAUGUUUGACUUUUUAUAUAAAUGAGUAUAGUGUACAUUUCUACUCAUCGCCAGUGACUGUGUUGUUGAAAAUGAAGUUUACUAUUCUUCUGAAUUUCCUAUGUUUACUUGCUUUGCGACUAAUAGUACUGAACUGUGUCUUGGGCUUCUACAUAGUGUUUUGGGCCAAACUACAGCAUAUAUCAUGGCCCAGUUUCUUUGCCACUACAAGACAGAAAGUUGCCAUGUUGUAAUCCUGGAUUUAAAGCCCAGUAAUUAACAUGAUCCUUGUAAAUCACAAACACUUUGCAUAGGAAUACGCUUGAGACAAAUUGAAGUUCCGCCUUUAAUGGGAAUACUCCAGUGUUUCCUCUCUCAAUGUACUGCAUCUGUAGCGUAUGUGUGAUUACCACUGCCAAGAAUUUGGAUUGUGUGAUUACCACAAGAAUGUGUGAUUACCACUGACAAGAAGUUUCCCUGUACUGUGAAAAUAAAAAUAAAAUUUAAAAAAAAAUUUUGAACUAAAAACUCAAAGUCUAAGGGCCUUUGUUGGGGCAUCAAUAAACAUUAGUAUUUCUACUAAUUUUUAUAGAACAUUUUUAAUGUAUUAUUCAGUCAAAGGAAUUUGUAAAUUACUAAUGAAUUGCUUUAAAUGAAAUAUUUUGAAAUGAAUCAUAAAUGAUUAUGCAUGUAUACCAAAAUAGAAAAAUACCUUUUAAUGUAUUGCUCCAGUGUAGUUUUGAAUUUGCAUUACUUUAAAAGUUUCCUGACUGAAAUGAACAACUGCCUUCUAUUAUAAGCGAGGUUUAGGUCUCCAUGUUUUCCGUUCUUUAUUAAGUGCAGAGUAACACAUCCAAUUCGUUAUCUGCGGUAAUCACACAUACACUACAAACCCUGUGGAUAGAGAUUAUGUUGAUAAGUGCGGUCUUACUUUAUAUUAAGUGUCUUUAAUAUCUGUGUAGCUAUAUGUAAACUACACAGGCAACUAUAUACCUAGUAAGAAUGUCUGCUCUGUAACAAACAGUUUACUGAUGUAAAUACAUAAAUGCACAUGACUUCAGUUUUGGCCCAAACAGGACAUUCUCUGUCUCUCUCUCACUGAAAGUGUAACGGGGGUAAUAACUUUUGUAUGAACUGCUGGUAUUUUGAAAGUGUAACAAUAUAAUAGCAUAAAGGUAUGUAAUUACUGCAAAUUACAGAUUGGUGUUAAUCCGUCUGAUUUGCUGGGAUGGCAUGUGACAAGACAAAUAUACCACAGAAAUUAUAUAAAAGUUAGACUUUAACUUUUGUUAAGAUGCAUACUUGCAUAAGAUUUACUUCUGCAAUACAUCAGUAACAGUGCAUACAUUCACAGUAAUUACAUUAUAGCUGCCUGUAUCAUUAUUAUACACAUUAUUAUAGGCACUUAAUAUAAAGUGGGAGCAAAUAUGCUGGAAUAUUCCUUUGUAUACAAACACUUUGUAUCUGUUUUCUUAAUGAAGGGCCAAAUCCUCUAUGUUGGUAAGUUUCCUGUCAUAGACUAAGCCUGGUCUUAGACUAAAUGUCAGUGUUAUUUAAAGCCUUUUUAGUCCUAGAUUAGGAUUACUUUAUGUCUGAAACACUAGGGCUAUAUCCUAUUUCUUUCUAAACAUAAUGGAAAAUGUCUAUAAUAAAAUAUACAAAACUUCGUUAUGUAAAUAAUAUUGAACAUUAUAUACUAUGAAGAU